GUUUGCGUGCAAAUAACUUUUUUUUUUGUUUUGUUUACAUGUGUGGUGAAAGCUAUAGCUUGCUAACAGUAACACCGCCAAGUUGAUGCCGGGGCUUCGUGAGGUAGCGCAGGAUGUUUCAGCCGGACCACGCGACUCCGGGGUCAGCUUAUAAUAGCCUGAAGUCACCACAAGCACCCCUGCAUUAUAACCACCGUCAUUCAGCCCCGGAAGUUGCUAACAGAGCACGGAAACCCAUUCAAACCAAAAUAGGGAACUUAGGCAGAAAGAGAAGCCACCAUGAUCCUGACAUAGGGAGCUUACCUCGUUAUGAAUGGAAGACGCCACCACCCACCCCUACAGUUGUCCCUCCACAAACACCAACUAUCACCAACAGGCUCAAGAGAAAAAAACCCAGCUAUGAUACUCAUGUUGCGAAGCGCCAACACCUUGACUCCUCUCCCCAUCCAUCAACAGCCGCCCCUAAUACUUGGUCCCCUCACCCCCMUCGUUAUCCUGACCCAGCGGAGCCGUCGAGAUCAUUCCUUGAGGGUCUUGUUCACUUUUUUCCCAAUCCACRCUUCUUUACCCCGCCACAGGUCCCAGAAAGCCCCAACGGUCUACAGGUGUUUGAAAAAGACAAGCUGAGUGAUCAGAUGUUGGAGCUGUUUGAGUCAUGCAAGCAGCAGUUUUCAGAUUUGGAACGGAAGGAGGUGUUGCGAAACCACCUGCAACAAGAGAUACAGCAGUUGUAUGCAGUGGCGCGGCUUUACAUGACCGGAUCUUCUAUGAAUGGACUGGGCUGUCGCAGCAGUGAUGCUGAUCUGUGUCUUGUCAUCACGGGGAAUAAAAGGCCUGACCCUAUUUCUGUCCUUAAUCAACUCAAAAGGGCAUUUGGAACCCUCCCCUACAUUGAGGGGAUUCAGCUGAUAAAAGCUAAAGUACCAAUUCUCAGGUUCAGAGAGAAAGGCAGUGAUCUGGAGUUUGAUCUGAAUAUCAACAACACGGUGGGCAUCAGAAACACAUUCCUCCUGAAAAGUUACGCUAAUGCUGAUCGCAGGAUCAGACCCCUGAUCCUUGUCAUAAAGAAAUGGGCACGACAUCAUCAGAUCAACGACGCCAGCAAAGGAACGCUGAGCAGCUACACGCUGGUGCUGAUGGUCCUCCACUACCUCCAGACUCUUCAAGAACCAGUCCUCCCAUCUCUACAAAGGGAUUUCCCACACUGUUUUAAUCCCUCCAUGAACAUCGACAUGGUUCCAGAAGGACCCAAACACAUCCCUCCCUACAUAUCAAGAAACCAGUCCUCUCUGGGAGAGCUGCUGCUGGGUUUCCUCAGAUAUUACACCACACAGUUCAGUUGGGAAAAACAMGUGAUCUCGGUACGAGAGGCCACAGCUUUACCCCGGACCAAUUCUCUAGAGUGGAGAAACAAAUUCAUAUGUGUGGAAGAGCCAUUUGAGAGAAAUAAUGUCGCCCGGGCCGUUCACGAGAAGCUCAAGUUUGAUCUCAUUAAAGCUCAGUUUGCAGAGUCAUGCCGAAGACUGCACGUAAUGAAGGACCUGAAUUCCAUCCUCCCGGUCAAAAUCGUCAUAAGCAAGGAGUUAUCCAGGAGAUAGGAGGUCCCUCCAGGAUCCGUGUGAAGACUCUGGGUUGUGAUGAGAGACCCUCUCACAGAUAAACAGGCUCUUGGACUUCAAACUCGGGACGUUUGGGUCGCUGUCCUUGUUUCUUGUAGCAGAUCUAGUAAAGACGUGUCUCUCAGUGACAAAUGUUUUGGCUGUAUGUGUAAUUUAUGUUGGUGCAGUCCCCCAAGAUGGGAAGAAAAUGUUUAUUAUUUCAGAAAACAGAGAGCUUUGAAAGCAAUAUCCUGUUAACGAUGGUUGGGGAGAGAUGCUGCUCUGAAGCAGGAGAAUGUGCUUUUUUUUAUUGCUGCUACACGACCUUCUUAAUUUAAAUAUCUUCUCACACAUUUAACUGGUUUAAAUGGAACAGAUAGCAUUUAUGUUUAAAAAUCUAAUCUCUGCUUUAUUUAUAUCUGAUCUGAGCCGCAUCAUUUCUCAUCUAUUAUACUGUGGUGUAAAAACUACAGAUUUUUUUUCUUUAUAAUUAAAGCUUCCCUGCUUUUCCGCUGUAUUCAAACUAAGUUUUUCUGAAAUCUGAGCUUGUUUUGUUCAGCUUAAUAAUUUAACUCAAAGACAUCAUUUGUUCAGAUAAUUGCUCUUUGUCUUCAGUGGCAGUCAUUAAUUAGAUUAAUUUCAUCAUUCCCCAAACUCCUUUCUUGUGCUUUGAAGAGUUUGAAAGUUUAUUUUUCUUGCUCUCUUUCCUGGUUUUGUGUAAUUUGAACUAAAGUCUCGACCACGCUAAAGGAGGUGCCAAAACGUGAUUAAAUUAUAAACUUCUGAUUGUCUUUUUGUCUGACCCAUCUGUGUGUUCUCAAUAAUACUUGCUGACACACAGUCAUUGCAUUUUAUUUUUUGAAAGUAAAAAAAGUGGCAUGAACAUCGGUAUACAUAAAUAGUUAAUUUUUCUCUGUCAGCAUGAACAUCUCAAUUUCAUAAAAGUAUUUUGUUUUUCAUUUUUACUUUUUAUGUGUUUGUUCUAGCUCAUUCACAAAAAAAACUCUUGCCAAACACCGGGAUUAAGAAGUAUUUCAAUGAAACCACUUUUUUUACAAGUGUUUCCAGGUUUCAUAUUUUCUAACAUUGACUCAUUAUUUACCAUCACAGAUGUUGACUUAUGCAGCUGUAUCAAAACAUAUUAUUUCUCUACCUGACGAUGUGUAUAUAAAAAACAGGUAUUCUUAAACCGCUUUGCUUCAAUUUAUAUUUAACAAGCUCUGCUCUAAGAAAUAAAAGCAUAUUGUUCCCCUAAACUCAUUUCUGUUUGAUAGAUUUUCAAUUMCCCCCCCCCCCCCAAACUGAAAAGUGUUCCAGACUUUGUUACAUUUAACAACCAAAACAUAUUUAUUAAUAGAUCCACCAGAGGCUCUGAAACUGUUUUAUCACAUAUGGUUGUAUUCUGUAAAUAAUAAAAUCCUUUAAAAUGUUUGGCAAA